AUGCUGCCGCUGCUGCUCGGCUGGGCGCUGCUGCCAGGCUUCUGUGCCCUGUCGGGGCCCGUCGCGGUGUGGGGCUGGCCGGGGGGCUCCGUGUCGGUGGAGUGCGGCUACGAGGAAGGCUUCGAGACGGCGCCCAAGUUCUGGUGCAAGCCGGGCUUGCUCUUCACCUGCUACGCCCGGCACUACCUGGUGGCCACGGCCCCGCGGCAGCCCCGGGCGCACCGCGGCCGCUUCGCCGUGGCCGACGAGCGCUCCCGGCGCGCCUUCCGCGUCACCAUGGGGAACCUGUCGCGGGACGACGCCGGCCCCCACCUCUGCGGCAUCCGGCUGCCGUGGCGGGACCUCAGCCACGCCGUGGAGGUGAUCGUGGCGGGGCUGCCGAACGCCACCGAGCCCCCGCCGUCGCCCUCCCCGCGGCCAGGCGACCCCGGCCCCCCCCGGCGCCCGGAUGCCUCCCCAGGGUCCCCGCUGCUGUGCGGCCUCCUGCUGCUGCUGGCCGCCAAGGGCCUCGUCCUCCUGGGCCUGGCCAGCGCCGGCAUCCGGAGCGGCGCGUGGCACCGGGGCGGCACCGGGCAGGCGGCACCGGGCAGAGCGGAGCUGCUGCCGGCCGGUUUGGCCAGCGAAGCGUGGGCUUCAGCAAGUCAGCGCUGGGGAUGA